CCAACCCAUCAUCAUCAUCAUCGGCAAUGGUGCGGUGCGUGCUGCUGUUUACCGUGCUCGUCGGCAUGGCCUUACCCUUGAUACCGUCGGUCCGGGCCAUCUGUACCGCGUCGGUAUCGGCCGACCGGGUCGCGGCCUGUGCCUUCAAUCCGCUGCUGCUGCUGGUGGAACGUUCCGGCUGGGUACUGUCGAGGCAGAACUGUGGCGAAACGAUCGGGCCGGAAGCGUUCACCGUGCCGCCCGUCCUGUACUACGACUACACGGAACCGGACCAUUUCUACACGGUUGUGUUUAUGGCGACGGAAAGUGGACAUCCCGAUCCGUUCGACGGCGGUGAGCGACGGUUCUAUCUGCAGUGGCUGGUGGUGAAUAUUCCUGAAUCGUCCCUCGCACACGGCAUGACAUACAUGGACGGUGACACAAUCGUGGAUUAUCUAUCCCCCGGUCCACGAUCGGCCAACGCUGAUGAUGAUGAUGGGCACCCGACACGCUACGGAUUCUAUCUUUAUGAACAGGUUUACGGUGCGAUCUAUCCACCGACACCGAACACUAGGGAGUACUUCAAUUUGGACGGCUGGAUCAGCACAAUCUAUCCCGAGGCUGCAGUCUGCGGUCCGGUUGCAUCGAUCGGGUUCGGAGUUUAGGGGGCGUGCGGCAUCGCCAGACGAGCCGGUACGUAAAUAAGCGCCCAAGUCGGUACGGCAAACAUCUGUGAAGGGGCCCCCACGUGCCACUUACUGUCGCAUGAUGUAGAUCGUGUUGUUGGAAGGAAUCCCAUGUACCCAGAAGCACCAGGAAAGUGUACCGCUGGUCCAGAUUCGGUGGUUUUAAUUUAGUACCGCAGGUGAAAGAAAUGGUAACGCCAAGAUAUGGUGGGCGCUGGACACUGUACGCUCCGCUCGCCACUAUCGAUCUCGAUAGGAGCAAUUUAUAAGAUCAACUGUAGCAUAAUUUAGGCACAAGUAGUAACGGACACACCGCACACGUGUGUGUGUGUGUGUGUAAGAUCCGGGUCGGGUGGAGCGAUGGCUAGCGGCAGCAAAUAUACGAGUGCAAAA